GUAUUGACAUUCUUUAAAAUAUUUUUUAAUUUUGCUGUAUUUUCUCGCCGAAAUUUCACAGUCGAGUGACAAAAUACAAUAAUACAUCACGGGAUCUCAGCAUAUAGCAUUUAUUUUAACAUCGAUCGAGUUUGAUGUGAGAAUCUCUCUAGGGCUCUGAUUAUUACAAAAUAGCAUAAAUACAUUCGGCAUCUUUCCGACGAUCACUUGACAAGAUCGCUGAAGCAGCGUUUAAUACGGCAAGAAUGUCAGCUUUCGAGCUGGUUUCAAAACUUCUCGUUCUGGCUUUCGCCUUAGUUUCCGGCGAGCGUUUGAACGACUUUGUGUCUCAUUUUGAACCGCUAAACUACGAUAGAAAUUUGUUAGAAAACCGCCAUCAGAGAGUUCGUCGAUCGCUAAAUGAAGAUAGCACACUUCAUCUUGACUUUAAGGCACAUGGAAGGUCAUUUAAGUUAAGAUUAAAAAGGGAUACAACAGUAUUUGCUCCAAACUUGGAUGUUGAUCCAGAAUUUGAUCCGAACAAAGUGUAUAAAGGACAUGCAGAAGGCUACGAAAACUCUUUCGUCCAUGGAUUUGUUCAUGAUGGGAAAUUUGAGGGCAAGGUGAAACUAUCCGACAAGUUGGAAGAUGAAUUUCACAUUGAACCAAGCUCAGACCACUUCGACACCCAAAAGGAAUUCCAUUCAGUCAUUUACAAAGCUGAUGAUCUGGAAUAUCCAUAUCCAUAUGGGAAUGUGGAUCUGAAUGAAAAAACAAAAAGAUGGAUGGAGGAGGCUCGGCAAUUGUCUGAAGAUGUUCUUGAAAGCCCGAAGCAAGAUGGUCGUAACCGGUAUAGACGCAAUACUCCUGGUCAGGUGACUAAGCUCAUCUGCCAAAUUCAUUUGCGGGCUGAUCAUCUUUUCACAGAAAAAAGAGCUGGUCGCAGCAAAGAACGGGCACUCUUACUGAUGACAAAACAUGUCCAGGCUGUUCAUGAUAUUUAUAAGGAAACUAAGUUUAAAAUUAAUGGUGCUUCACAACUAGGAUAUGGGUUUGCAAUAAAAAAGAUGAGAGCAAAUGACACUAGUGAUAAAGAUAAAAAGGAUAAUCCCUACGGUCAAGAGUACAUCGGGGUGGAAAAGUUUCUGGAUAUUAUUUCACUUGAAACAACACAUAAGGAUAAGCAAUUCUGUUUGUCGCACGUGUUUACAUACCGUGAUUUUGAAGACGGUGUUCUUGGUUUAGCAUGGGUGGCUGAGCCUGAAGGGGCAGCCGGUGGAAUUUGUGAGACAUCAAAGAAAUUUCAAGGCGGUCAAAUUAAGACCUUAAACACAGGAGUUGUGACAUUCAUUAACUACAAGAAGCAAGUGCCUUCCCGCGUUUCUGAAGUCACAUUUGCUCAUGAGCUGGGUCAUAAUUUUGGAGCAAAGCACGAUCCCAGUAGCUGCAGUGGUGGAAGUGGUGGAAACUACAUCAUGUUUCCCAAAGCUACUUCAGGGACAGAGAGCAACAACAGGAAAUUUUCUGAGUGCAGCAGAGACUACAUCUCGGACGUGCUUCAAAAGAAAAGUGGUUGCUUUGAAGAGUCGGGUGCGGCAAUUUGUGGUAAUCAGGUAAUUGAAGGAGACGAAGAAUGCGACUGUGGUUUCAAGGAAGACUGUUUGGAUGAUGAAUGCUGUUAUGACGCUGACAGUGGCAUUAACGAGCGCUGCAGACUGAAGACGGGUGUAAAAUGCAGUCCAAGUCAAGGCCUAUGUUGUAACGGAACAACUUGUGAAUUUCAUAAUACCACAUUGCUAUGCGAGGAAGGCGAUUGUGUUAACAAUACCUAUUGCAACGGUACGAGUGCCGUGUGCCCCAAUCCUCUUCACAAGCCGGAUAAUGAAACAGAUUGCAACGAUGCAAAAGGGGUUUGCAUUGAUGGAGAGUGCAAAGGCUCGCGUUGCCUGAAAUUCGGUAAAAAAGAGUGCCAAUGCACAAAAACCGAUGACCAAUGCUUACUCUGUUGUAAAGAUACAAAUGGCGCAUGCUCACCGCAUAACGAAACUGGAAAAUACAUGGAGUUGCUCGCGGGCGCACCGUGUAACAACUUCCAGGGGUACUGCGAUAUUUUACACAAAUGCCGGGGUGUCGACUCGGAGGGACCUCUGGAAAGGAUAAAAAACCUGCUGUUUGGAGGUGGCGCGAUUGACAAUUUAGUAGACUGGGUCAAAGAGUAUUGGUGGGCGGCCUUAUUGAUUGGUAUUGGUUUGAUCAUAUUCAUGGCUGGUUUUAUCCGUGUGUGUAGCGUGGCGACCCCGAGCAGUAACCCUAACAAACCCCCAGCCAAGACGAUGUCCCUUCGUCGUCGCCCUCGCGCCAAUCCUGGUUAUAGCAAUCAAGGCGAACCACCACCCGCUUAUGAUAUUGAAAUGCAGCGGGGAGGACGGAACCAAAGACCACAUCAAGGACGAAGAUAGAUUUGACACUUCGAUUUUGAAUUCUGUACAAAACUGGACUGCUGUAUGACCCGUUCACAAAUUCACAGCGACUACGACGUGCGAGAAAAUGCAUUACCCUGGGCUUUUGAGAAUGAGUUUUUUUAUUUAGUACUUCAAAGCAUUGACAAAAACGUUCUGGUAAUGGCGUCAGCAAACAGAAUAAAAUUUUGGCGGGAAAAUCACGAAGGGUUGUUUAUAUUUGAAAAAUGUCCACUCAGCAAAAUUCAAUUUGCCACUCUAGAAAUUUUUAGUACGAGCUAAUUCCAAUGAAUUCCAAUCGUUUGGUGAUUAGUUUAAUAGUUUUGGUAGUAAUUUUGACGCGUUUUGUUUUAUUAAUUUGUUCUCUAAACAGCAGUUCACUUUUUAACAUGUUCAGUAGAUUUUCAGUCUCCGUGGAUUUCACGGAAUUAUAUCAUCAGAAUAUAAAAAUGUAAAAAAUCUAAAGUGUAUAGCCUAAUAGCAGGACUUUAAUUAAUAUAAUGCAUAUGGUUUGUAAUUUUUAAAUAUUUUGAUCGAACUUGCAAUUUUCUAAUUUCUAGAAAUGUUGAACAGACUUUAUAUACGGUACAAAUACAGAAUACUUCUAACUAAGUGCAUGCGUUGCAUUUAAUUUGCGAUCUUGUAUUUAUUUAAUACAA